CUCCACAAUGCAGAAAGUCUACAAAGUCCUCAUCAACAAUCAUAGAUUGUAUUAUCAUAUCGCCUCUCAUACCCACACACGAUGUCAUUAUCCUGCCAGUCCGCAGCUCGCAGCUGCAUACGAUCUCUCCGAUCAUCCUCGUCCCUCCGCGUUUCCACAGCUUCUCUUACACAAAGAAGAAAUCCUUCUGCGAGAUGGGCAUCAACAGAGGCAGCGUCAGCGAACCCAAAGAUCUCCGGGAUUGUGGACCAAAUCAGCCAAUUGACUUUAUUAGAGACAGCUGAUUUAGUUGCCAGCUUAAAGUCACGACUAAAUAUUCCCGAUAUGCCAAUGGGGGGAUUUUCUGCUGGUCCUGCCCAAGCCGCUGCACCAGUUGAGGAGGAAGAUGCCGCACCAGUACAACAAGAGAAGACUUUGUUCAACCUGAAGUUGGCUUCGUUUGAUGCGGGGGCAAAACCUAAGAUCAUCAAAGAGAUCAAGAGCAUGUUGGGAUUAAGUUUGGUGGACAGUAAAAAGUUCGUCGAAAGUGCGCCAAAGAUGAUGAAGGAGGGUGUGCCAAAGGAGGAAGCCGAGAAAAUUAUUGCAACAUUGAAGGAAUUGGGAGCUGUUGUUAACAUGGAAUAAAAACCUCUACAAGAGGAAUUGCAUAAGCCGCGGGGUUCGAAGAAAUUCGGCAUGUAUCAAUAGAGAUGUGUACAAAAUCUACUUCUCAUCCAGGCAUACAUAGAGAAACUCUAUAUAAUCUGCUGCGGCAGGUUUUGGGACAGGGAGACUGUCUAGUCACCAGAGAGUCCUUUAUGUCAACCCGAUUUUUGUGAGGAUGACACCGAAGUAGAAUUCAGAUCAAAUCGAGUGCCCCGCACUUCAAUGACUUCAAUGAGUUUCCGUUAACUUUCAAAAAAUCAUUACGAAUGUGGAAGCAGACAUUCAUGAAAAUCUUGAACUGGAGCAGAAAUCCUACUCAUCUAAUCGUUAACGAGUCUAAUACAACCUACGCCCCGCUUCUACUUGUUUAAACAUGGUUGCAUUUCUAGCGAACGCCCAGAUCAGCAAGUAGCUCCAUGCUCCAAGAGUUCAGUGACACGAGGUGUAAGUAGAGUGCGUCAAGAAGUAAGUCUAUCAAAUGUCUAUCAAAUGUCUACAAAAUGUCUCUCCGGAAAUCCGCAAUUACUGUCAAAAUGUGAAAUAGAAGAUACGAGUACCACUCUACUGAGCACUGUGUA